AAUGAAGUGGACAGCAUUGAAAGCACGUGGCCAAAUAUUAAACAUCCAUUACAGCAGCGCUCCUUGUCCCUAGCUGACUGGCUCCACUGCCCCGAAAGUAGUGGAAAAGCAUUCUUCCCUUCUCUUUACCAUAUCCCCUGAUCCGCUUUACCUUCCACACAAACUACGUCAAUGGCGGACCAUGAUCUCUCCUCCCCGCUUAUCCCGCCUCAACCCUCCGAUCAACCCCAUCUUGUCCUUACAGUUCGCGAUAACGACUCCGGUCAACGAUCCUCCUCAACCCAAUCUCAUAAUCACCACCACAACAGCAGCAAUAACAACAAUAACAUUUCACACCUAAACCAGAAUUAUCGCAACCCGUUCGAGUUUCUCGGGUCAGAUGGGCUGACCGUGCCCGCACCGUCCACGAUUGAUCCAUUCCGAAACAAUACGCCCAAUAUUGAAGGAGCUUAUGAGUCGCUAAAGAUCUUGGUUUGCUUACCGAUUGCUUUGGUGCGAUCGGUGCUUUUUGGGGUUUGUUUGUUGGUAGGGUUUAUUGCUACCAAAUUUGCUCUCCAGGGAUGGAAGGAUAAGCAUAAUCCUAUGCCCAGAUGGCGCACUAGGUUAAUGUGGGUCACUAGGAUUUGUUCCCGUUUUAUUCUCUUCGCUUUCGGCUACCAGUGGAUAAAAAGAAAAGGAAAGCCUGCUCCUAGGGAUAUUGCUCCAAUUGUCGUAUCAAAUCAUGUAUCAUACAUCGACCCUAUCUUUUACUUUUAUGAAUUAUUUCCUACUAUUGUUGCAGCCGAGUCACAUGAUUCUAUACCGUUUGUUGGGACUAUUAUCAGAGCAAUGCAGGUAAUAUAUGUCAAUAGGUUCUCACAGUCAUCAAGGAAACAAGCGGUUAAUGAAAUAAAGAGAAAGGCUUCUUGCGAUAGAUUUCCUCGUGUGCUAUUGUUUCCAGAGGGAACAACAACUAAUGGCAAGGUCAUUAUUUCUUUCCAACUUGGUGCAUUCAUUCCUGGUUAUGCAAUCCAACCAGUGAUUGUCCGCUAUCCCCAUGUUCACUUUGACCAAUCAUGGGGGCAUAUUUCAUUGGCAAAGCUGAUGUUUAGGAUGUUCACGCAAUUUCACAAUUUCAUGGAGGUAGAGUACCUACCUAUAGUUCAGCCUAUUGACAAUUGUAAAGAAAAUCCUGCUCAUUUCGCUAAGAGGACUGGUCAUGCCAUUGCAACUGCUCUUAAUGUUGCACAAACAUUUCAUUCCUAUGGGGACUUGAUGCUUCUUAUGAAAGCAUGCCAGUCAAAGCAGGAGAAGCCCUCCAGUUACAUGGUUGAAAUGGCUAGGGUGGAAUCAUUAUUUCAUAUGAGUAGCUUGGAAGCUGUGGACUUCCUGGACAAAUUUCUCUCAAUGAAUCCUGACCCCAGUGGUCGUGUUAAAUUCCAUGACUUUUUGAGGGUUAUGAAACUAAGGAGUUGUACUCUUUCUGAAGAGAUAUUUGGGUUCAUUGAUGUGGAAAAGAAUGGAUCAAUCACAUUCAUGCAGUUCUUGUAUGGAUCGGCUCAUGUCAUGAAGCAACCAUUAUUCAGGCAAACCUGUGAACUAGCUUUUACCAAUUGCAGUGCUGGAGACGGUCAAAUUUCAAAAGAACAGUUGGGAGAUAUCAUUAGACUUGCAAUCCCAGACUUGGAUGAUCAUGAGAUCCACGAGCUCUUCAAAUUAUUUGAUACUGAUGGUGAUGGGAGAGUAAGCAAGGAUAACUUCAUGUCUUGCUUAAGAAAGAAUUCUCUGCUGAUACCACUUUUUUCACCUUGUUUGGUGUGGAAAGUGUCAUCAGAAGCUGGUGAUAGGAUGUUGGAGGAGAUUGUAUGAUGUAAUUAUUUCUGUAUUUGGAUGUGGGGUUGGGUUGUGCGUACAACUAAUACCGCUCUGAUGUUUUGGUUUUGUUUUGAAUUUGGGAGGAGACAGAGAGGGGGAAGAGUGUCAAAAGGGUAAUCUUUGUGCUACCCUUCUUACACAUGAUCAUGACAUAGUUUUGAUAAACAAGUUGUCAUUCAAUUGUACUCGAGUAAUCAAAAUGUUAUUUUUAAAUGCACAGCCUGGAAAUGCAAUGCUUCUAUUUGGUUA